AUGUCUGAUCCUCUCUCUGUAGCCGGCAGCGCUGUCGGCAUCAUAUCACUUGGGAUACAAGUCUGUAAUGGUCUCCUCGUUUAUGCUGAUGCCAUUCGUGGACGAUCGCAAGAUUUGAUCGACCACCUGGAUCAGGUUCACCCACUAAUUGCCCUGUUCAAAUCUUUAAAAGUUACCAUCGCAAAACUCGAAACCUUGAAUCCGGAACAUGCCAAAAUACUCUUCGAUCAUCUGAAACAAGCUGAAGAUAAACUCAGAGGCUUGCAAGAAUUGCUCAACGAGAUCGGUGUCUCUCCGCCUGUCACCACUGACAUCAAGAGAAAGAUCAAAGAGUCAUUUCAAGUGGCUAUCUACCCUAUCAAGAAGAGCAAAUUAGAAGGGGCGCGGCAGACAGUUCAAGCUCUACUUAGCAGUCUUACAACCGCUAUACAGACUGUUGGCCUUGACUUAGAUAUAUCCCAGAACCAUGUCUUCCGAGACAUCCAUUCGGGUAUAACUGUGAUAAGUUCCGGCAAUGACGAGUUGAAAGCUGCAACGGAAACAAACUCGAGUAAGCUUGACAAUAUCGACCAUCAUUUAGUGUCUACACAGCAAGACCUUCGUGGCUUUUCAAAACAAGCCAAAGUCCAACUAGAAACGAUCAACAUUGGCACCCAGGAAGGCCUAGAAAACACUCGUGCAAUUUUAGGCCUUUUGAAUGACUUGACUCUCCAAAUCAAACAGACUUCUGUAUCUUACAGUACAAGAACAAAGGAAUCCUAUGAUAUUGUAUGA